CGAAUCGCGCUUGUUUAGUGGUCUCCGCCCUCCGCGCGCGCUUGUCCCUAGCGGGGCCCCGUACGGCGCCCUCAUUCUUUCGGCCAGUCAUGGAAGGUGCCGGGGCCCCCUCGGAGACCCUGCGCUACGUUGAGUACGCGAGGGUCCCCGGCGGCGGCCGGCAGGGUGAGCCCGACAUGGACAGGGGGCUGGCCAGAACUAUGAUGGCAGUUGGCCUGGGUGUUGCAGCUGUUGCAUUUGCAGGUCGCUAUGCUUUCCAGGUCUGGAAACCACUGGAACAAAUAUUAACAGAAAGAGCAAAGAAGAUUGCAACCGCUAGUUUUUCAUCCUACUAUAAAGGAGGAUUUGAACAGAAAAUGAGUAGACGAGAAGCGAGUCUUAUUUUAGGCGUAAGUCCAUCUGCUGACAAGGCCAAGAUUAGAACAGCUCAUAGGAGAAUCAUGAUUUUGAAUCACCCUGAUAAAGGUGGAUCUCCCUACUUAGCAACAAAAAUAAAUGAAGCAAAAGAUUUGUUAGAAUCCAGCACCAAAAAUUAAUGUCCAAGGACUUCUGUGAUAGAACUUUUUAUACGUUCCUUUCUACUGGAAAUCCUGUAGAUAUAUUGUGCAAUAGCUACGUGCUGCUCUAUAUAGCUGCAUAACACUGGAUCAAAUAGUUAUCUAUAUUCAUUAUUAAAGAUCUAAGACUAUUUAAAAAGCAAACUGA